AUGGACACGGAAACGGCCGUGGAGGGACCCCCUGUCGAGGAAACUCCCGCCAAAGCAGAGACCACCCGGCACAGAAAGUUGCCGGUAGUGGUCUCCACGGAGAUAUUAAAGGAACCGUAUUUCCGUCCGCCGCUCCGGGGGGUCAGCAAGCAGCUGAACCCCCUGUCUAAAGCGGCGGACCGGAUAGCGGCUCCCGUUUCCCGCUCCUCCUUCCCUGCCCUCCCCCCUACCACCAGUUCUCUGGAGACAUCGGGAUGGGCCAGGGUCGGGGAGAGCGGGAAGAAAGAAAGGAAGAGGGCAAAAGCCCUGACCGAGGACGGCCUAAAGGAGGCUCUCUCUAGAGUCCUCCCGGCCGUCCUCGCUGAGAUGGGACUUCUCCCCGCCCACAGGGGGGCGAAAAGGCCCAAGGCACCCCCGACUGCGGGCAAGAUCGCCAGGCAGUCCGGGGUUGCCCCCCAGAAAGGAGCGGACAACGCGGUCGCAGUGGCCGCUAGGCCCGCUCCGACGACGCAGAGGGAGGCCACCCCGUCCAUACUAGAGCUAUGGACGGAGGUGGUCUCCAAAAAGACCAGGAAAAAGGCCGUCAAAGCCGCCGAAAGGGCGACAAAGACGGCCCCACCCCCGGCGGCGAGGCCGACUAGGGUCCUUCCGAUCCCGCCCCCGAAACCCACCCCCCAACAACCUUCUACUUCUUCGAAGAAGAAGAAGAAGAGGGGUGAACGUGGAGGGGGCCAGGGGGGACCAGGGGGGCAAACCCCAGGAGGAGCCGGCUCCCAGGGUCCGGCCAAGGUGACCAAGAUCAGGCCUCCGACCACGGCGGCCGUAACGGUCACUUGCGCCGACCAGGGAGCAUACGCCGAUGGUGAUGGCGAUGAUAGCGAUGAUUACGAUGAUGGCGAUUAUGGCGAUAAUGGCGACGAUGGCGAUGAUGGCGAUGAUGGCGAUGAUGGCGAUGUUGGCGAUGAUGACGGUUAUGAUGGCGUUGAUGAUGGCGAUGAUGGAGAUUAUGGCGAUUAUGGCGAUAUUGGCGAUGAUGGCGAUGAUUAUGGCGAUUAUGCCGAUGUUGGCGAUGAUGGCGAUGAUGGCGAUGAUGGCGAUGAUGAUCGGGCCAUCGUAUUGUCACUAUUACGACGGCAAUGGAAAUGUCAAUGA